GCAAAAGCAUUGUUGUUUGAUAUUGCAUGAUAUUGCUAUAUACGUCACACUCUUCACACGGAAUGAUCAUCUUCAGUCCCUCUCAGCGCGGAUGCGGGAGGCUUCAUGAAGCUGGCUGCAUUCCCUUCUUGCAGGACUUCCGCCCACAGGUGCCUCCACCUUGUCUCGAGACGCUGGAUGCCGCGUUGUGGGCUCUCUUGUGUCAUCGCCCCGAGGCCGCCGAGAAGGAGGGCUCAGGCGAUGCCUUUAGCACGCCGCUCAAACGCCGCAAGGAGCCCUUCACUAUGGUCCUUACCCCCGCGAAGAGCGCUUCGAAGACCAGUUUGCGUUCAUUGGAGACCUUGAAGCUGCCAGCCCUUUGGCCCGAGCUCCAAAUCGGUGAGGCAGAUCAGCAGAUACUGCUGGACAUGGCCGUCCGCUUGAAGUUCUCCGAUGCUUCACAGCGACCUGCAGCAUGCCGAGAGCUUUGGCAGCUGGCUGUGGACAUGCCAAGGCUACUGUUGACCUAUGCUCCGGUGGUCGAGGGUCUUUGCCUUUGCCUUCGGGAGUCCGAGAAUACGGCGGCCUGCGACGUGCUGUGCCUUUUACUCGAGCAGGAGAAGGAACAUAGGCGGCAGUCACCGGCGGCAGAAGCGGAAGAGGCGCUUCCUGCCUUGUGGCAUCUUCUGGCCCAACUGCUUUCGUCAGGCGUGGUCGAAAGCCCUUUGGCUCAACAUGCCCUGCGAGCUCUUCUCCAACUCCUUCAUUUAGAACCAGGAGAAGGAAAGAAUGAAGCAUCAAUGAAGCAGUGCCGAAAUGCACAGCAGAUGCUCCAUUGCAUCUAUUUGGUCUCGGAGCUCCUUCGUUCCCUGCUGGCGUUGAGGCGGCAAGCCUUACGCUGUGCUGCGGAGGCUCUAGAUUGGUUCCGCUGCCUGGGUCUUCCAAAAGCACACGCGGCUGAGAAGCUUCCGUGGUUCGAGCCACUCCCUUCCCACGACUGGACGCCUGAGACGCUCUUGCUGAUCGAUGUCCUGCUGGGCCUCCUGCAAGGAGUCAUGACGUGCUCCAACGCCGAAGAGCUCCUAUCAAGCUGGGCAAGAGAGAAUGAAGUGCUGGCAGCAAUGGUCUCGUCCUUGGUGUUCGACCUUCGUCUUCUUUGGGAGCGUCCCUGGCAGUGUGCGGAACUGCUCUCAAGGGCGGUAGCCCUGUGGGCUCCACAGCAAGCAAAGGAGUUCUCAAUCUUUCAGCAGAUGCUGCAAGAAGGCGAGACACCAGAUGCUGGCAUCAAGAACCUUGGGGAGGAGUCAGAUGAAGCACCCGGCAGGGAAGCAGCUUUGUGCCAGGCUGCGCAACUUCUUCAAGUUGGCCUUAGAGAGCAGAUUUUCAUCACAGGGAUGAGAGAGAGAAGCGUGGUUCGGUUGCGUUCUGAGUGCCGCGAGGAGUUGCAGAAGGCGUUGAGCGAAGGCUUGGCCGCUUUAACCAUGUGGCAGGGAGGCGGAUCCUUGGUGCUUGGCUUUCAGGACGAGGAGCAAGUGACAGGCCUGGAAAUGAUGUAUCACCUUCUUCGAGAACUGCCUGACCUUCAAAAUACGUUGAGUGAAACGAUGGAGAUCAAAGAAACGAUCACCGAGUUGGAGCAGUUGAUGCAUCAGAGGCUCCUGCCGGGCUUGUAUCAGCUGGUGGAAGAUGACUGGGGUCCACGCGGACGACUGGCAGAUCCAGAACUCUUGCGUGCUACCCAGCUGCUGCUGCGCAUGGCCUUGGCACUGCGCGUGUUUCGCAGAGAAGAACAUCUUGAAUCUAUGGACUGGCUUCAGCUGCUGAGUGUGUUGGCUCUUGCUCCUGCCCCGGUACCUCGCUUGGCGCUCUCCUUGGCGGUGUGGCUUCCUACGGAUGCCGCAGAUGCAGAGGGGCGGCACUUUGGGGAGGUCCUUUUGGAGCUUUUGUCCGCGCGGCAGAACACCACCACGUGGCGGAACGCACAAGAGAUUCGAUGUGCGCUGUGGUUGGCAGCUGAUCUUGCUCCUCCCGAAGCCGUGGCCUAUAUCACUCCCUUCCUGCAGCACGUGGAUGCUGUUGUGGUGGCGACUGCCUGGAGAUGCCUGCGAUGCUUGUUGUUCCGCGAUGAAACCGACGAAGAGACGCCACUGCAGCGCCGUGCGACGCUGGGGCGCGCGCUGCGCGCCCUCCGGGGCUGGAGCAGAGAGGAGAAGAGUUGCGCGGAGCAGUUUGCGCUGCCAGUGGCUGAAGCCUUGGAGACCGUCCGGUGGAUCUUGGAGGCAGGUGAGCCCCUGGUGAUGCAAGUCUUGGAGUCCAGGAUUUUUGAGAGUGGCCUCUUCCAGAAGUCCUUCAGCUCCUCUCACCUCGGUUUACGUCGAAGCGCGCUACGGCUCCUGAGUGCACUGCUGGCGGCAGAUUUUCCUCAAUCAGUGCCUGCGAUCUUUAAGGCAGGCCUCUGGACUUCUGCUUUGGCAGCUGCUGAGGUCGAGGAGCAGAGCUUGGAUUCCUGUACUGUGACGACAGAUUUGGUGCUCUUGGUCAUGCAAGGUAGCGGAGAAGAUUCGCAGCUGCUGCUGUGGCUUUGCAAGAGCACAUCGUUUUUACAAGACUGGCAGCACGUGUUGCAAUACCUGGGCACAUUUGCGAAGAAGGCAGAAGUGCAAGGCGACAGAACCUCUCGGCUGGCCGAACUGUUGCGACUGCAUUUGGUGGCCUUGUUACGCUUGAUGGAGCUCUGGGAGGAGGACUUCCAGGAUUUUCUUUUCUCCUGGCAAGUGCAGCUGGCCUUGUGCGAAGCUCUUCAGGCAGAUUUCCCAGCGGAGACGCGGCACGUUGCCACAGCUGCCUUGGCUUCCUGGGCCGGGCGUCGUGUGAACCGCGUGACGCAGGAGACCAUGACGAGCGACGAUGAGCUCUUGGGCCACCGUGCUGCGCAGGGUUUCUUGCGAGUUCUGAGCAGUGACAGUCAAGCCAAGUGGCUGACGACCUCAGCAGCCGCAGCCGCAAACCUCUACGCAGCAUCACCGUUGGCCGCCUCUGGCGCCAUCUCCGAGCUGCCGCAGCUCAGCAGAGCCUUGGAGCAACUGGCGGCCAUGCGCAGGCAUCAGCAGCUGAUCUGGGUGAUGCGCGUCUUCUUUGCGAUGCUCAUCUCUUCCGCAGAUGCACUUGCAGGAGCACAUGCAGGAGGUUCGCUGGCAUCAGCGCUGCUUGCCAUCAGAGCCAGUGCCGACAGAGACGAGGCAGUUUGCCUGGAAUUCCUGGAGCAGCUCUCAAAACUUGCUGAAGCUUUGGUGCAGCUCAAGGAUGAAGAGGUGUGGUCACAGCUUUUGAGCUGGCUCAUGCGGCUCAGCAUGAAGAAACAACUCCCAAGUGCUGCCUUUUGUUGCGUGAUGGACAUCCUGUGCCUUUCCAGUGAGAUCUUAGCCGGGAAGCCCAUGCUCUUCCGAUACUUGAGCCAGCUCAUGGAGGCGAUCCAAAGUCUUUCUAAGACAUCGAGCUCGAUGUCGUCUCGCUGGAGAAGCAAACGGCUUUGCGCUGCGAUGAACUUUAUCGCAUCCAUACAGAUGUGUCCUAGGAGCACUGCGAUCCUCACAGGUUCGGGCGCAGCAGGAGAAGUUCGCAGGCGACACUUGUCGGCCCCUUUGGAAGCAGGCUUGGACCUGUGGUUUGACUUGACAGCACAAGGGGAGCUGCACAGCAUGGUCCGCUUUGCGGCUUUGCGAGUCCUACUGGCCUUGUCCGAGGCCAUGCCCAAGGCAGGCAGACCGCCAGGUGGCCAAUGCUUCAAAGGUCUGGCCGGCGCUGGGAUCUACGGGAAGGACGUUUGGCCACCCCAUUUGACACUUGAGUCCAAAGGAGCUGAAGUGGUUGAGCCCAAGAAACUCAAGUAACUCAAGGUCUGAGAUAGGAAUCCUAGUAACAGCAACUCGUUGUGAACCAAUCACUUGCGUAUUUUGUUGGACCUUAGACAACCUUAACACGCGGUAUUUUGCCCCAGUUCGGGCGCGAACGCGCGUAUUGGUUGAGUCCAAUCCUUCCAAAACGUCGUGUGCUCAAAGACCAAGUUGCCCAAGCUUACGACAGUGACACAGAGGACAUACAUGUGCAGAUGUAUUGUAAAACAGCUCGGGUUGCAGAUUCUGCUUAGGACUUGUACGGGCGAUUUAUUUUCUAGUAGAUUGGUAUUAUAGUUUUUUUCCGGAAUACUUUGCGUGCCAGAUUUGGCUUGUGAUACCUCACACCACUUCUGAUUUGCCGGCUGCCAGUCUUCGGCAGCAUUCACCUUUCGCCUCGUUCGAGUGAGGUGAAUUGUGCUGGAUUCAGCCUGUACUAAAGUAAACAAUCAGGUUGCAUUCUUGCAAGGUGUUCAAUACUCUUGUGUGGUUGUACGAUACAUAUAUAUAUAUACAUAUUAUAUUGUUGUUUCGUCUUUUUUCGGGCCAUUCGCGGACAUGGUAGGUCCAUAGGCAGACAAGCCUUUUGGUCAAAGUCAAAGUCCUGUGGUUCCUCUUUUUGUUGAUGUUUUCAGUGUUUUUGACCUUUUCAGGACUUCUUCAGCUGCUGGCUGAGGCACUGAGGGACCUGUUCAAAUCUCAUUUCCCCCCAAAGCCUCCUGGAAGCUUGGGUUCCCCUUUGAACGCCCCAACAUAAAAGAACCUUCCAAGACAAAAGCGUCGCAGUAUUUGAUGCGCGACCUUUGUGAGUUCAGGAUCCCAGGUGUAUUCGUUUGUUUUUCACAAUAUGAGGUUUCACUGUUUCACGUGAGGAGCAAAACUUCAAGAGAGCAAUGUGAGCUAGAUUUGUUUGGAUGAGGAGUUCUUCCCUGCGAACGGACGCUCCAGAAACAGCAGGUAAAAGGCAAACUAGAGCAACAUCGACUGGUUUCAAGAUCAUGCUGGAGUUGUAUGCAGAUCCUCCGCAAAAAUGUGAACAAUGCCAGCAAGUACAAUCGGAAGCGAGUCAAAGUGCACUCAAGACACUCAGGAGGAUUGGCGGGCUGCAGCU